CAGACUCUUUGAUAUAAAAGGGUUUCCUUUCCUCUGAUGUAACUACACAGAAGUUACACACCCUCUGCAGUCGGUUGCAGAGAGGCAAAGAGUUGGACGAGUGCAAAGGAAGAAAGUAGUUAUUGCAGAGUUCUGACUUUUAGAAAAAGCAAUUGAUUCUCUUGCAUCCUUCUUCGAAGCUCCUGGAUUUAACCCUUGUUGGAACAAGGUGUGAGAACCUGCAGAAUGGAGUCUAAGAAGGGCAGGAUAACAUGCUCCUUGGCGUUUGCAGUGUCUAUUGCUACGAUUGGUUCGUUACAGUUUGGAUACAACACAGGAGUAAUCAACGCCCCCGAAAAGAUUAUCAAAUCAUUCUAUAACGAGACUUAUGAACGCCGAUACUCACAGUUCAUAUCAGAUGGAUUGCUCACGUCACUCUGGUCGCUGUCUGUUGCUAUUUUCUCUGUUGGGGGGAUGGUUGGCUCUCUCUCUGUUGGUUACGUUGCAAAUCGAUUUGGCAGGAGGAACUCCAUGUUGUUGGUAAAUGUCACAGCCCUUUUGGGAGGAGCGUUGAUGGCCCUUUCCAAACUAGCCUGGUCCCCAGAGAUGCUGAUUAUUGGACGGUUUAUCAUUGGGAUAUUCUCUGGAUUUUGUACCGGUCUGGUGCCGAUGUACAUUGGAGAACUGGCACCCACCAGGUUGCGUGGAGCUCUAGGCACUCUUAACCAGCUGGGCAUUGUGGUGGGAAUAUUGAUUGCACAGAUUUUUGGACUUAGGUUUAUUUUGGGAUCUGAGCACUUGUGGCCACUCUUAUUGGGCAUCACUUGCCUCCUGUCUAUAAUCCAAUGUGCACUUCUUCCAUUCUGUCCAGAGAGCCCUCGAUAUCUGCUCAUUAUUAAAGGCAAGACAGAGGAGGCCGAAGAAAUUCUAAAGAGGUUGCGUGGAACUCAGGAUGUGGUUAGUGACAUCAAUGAAAUGAAGGAAGAGGGUGAGAGAAUGGCCCAGGAGAAGCCGGUGUCCUUUGUGGAACUAUUCCGUUCCAGGCAAUAUCGCCAGCCAAUAAUCAUCUCGAUUGUCCUCCAACUAUCACAGCAGCUGUCUGGAAUUAAUGCUGUAUUUUACUAUUCCACCAGUAUAUUUGAAGAAGCUCGUAUUCCUCAACCAGUGUAUGCCACAAUUGGAGUCGGCAUAAUCAACACCGUGUUUACUGUGGUGUCGUUGUUCCUGGUAGAACGGGCUGGUCGCCGCACUCUGCAUCUCAUAGGUCUUGGAGGAAUGGCUGUGUGUGCUGUCAUAAUGACAAUCGCUCUCAAACUUGGGGAGCAAAUCUUAGGAUGGAACUAUGUCAGCAUUGUGGCCAUCUUUGGAUUUGUGGCUCUGUUUGAAGUUGGUCCAGGACCCAUACCUUGGUUUAUUGUAGCUGAGCUUUUCAGUCAAGGUCCACGGCCGGCAGCUAUGGCUGUCUCUGGUUGCUCUAACUGGACGGCAAACUUUCUUGUGGGAAUGCUAUUCCCAUAUGCAGCGAUUGGCUGUGGUCCUUAUGUGUUCCUAAUCUUUGUGGUUCUACUUAUUAUUUUCUUCAUCUUCACCUUUUUCAAAGUCCCAGAGACGAGGGGACGGACAUUCGAGGAGAUUGCCAAAGACUUCCAGAGCUCAAAAGAUGAUUCUACCGCAAAGAGGGACAGUGUGGAACUUACAGGGGUUAAAGUACCCCAAAGUGGACCAGAGUAAGAAGGAGAAACAGUUAAAUAUCACCCCUCCCCCCACCAUCUCUGAACUGCUGAACAUUUCAUUAUUCACUCCAACACUAAGUGGGCCGCAGAGCAGAGGAUCUCAUGGGACUACAGUCCUCCACACAGAAUUUAAGUAUUGCGAACAGUUUACAAUUCUUUGUGAUCAUACAGGAGAGAGAAUGUGAACAAUUUUAGAGUACUUUGAGAUUAUUGAGAGAAAUAAUGUAUACGUCUCGGUGAACAAGUGUGAGAUAAUGUGUUGUUGUGUAUAGACAAAAGGGAACAAUGGGCAGAUAUCUGGGAAAAAGUCAGAGAAGAUGGGGUGAUGUCUCUGGGGACAAGAUGGGGUGAUGUACUGGUUUCUGGGAAUAGGAGGAAGACAAUACGCAGGACUCAACAAGCAACGAGAAUAUGAUGUAUUGCACACUGAGAACAA